UGAUCGAUUGUUUCGACUUUUGAAUCCAAAACAUUGGAGAAACCCGAUUUAAGCGAAUCGGUUCGUUCGAUCAGUGUGUCCUGGUUCAGCAACAAAUGAUUCACUUAAUAAUUUGGUUCAUCAUUCAAAUACCGCGAUAGAAGUAACAUACAUUUAGUUCAGUAAUUCACUAUAUUGUUAGUUAGGUUGUGAAGUUUGCAUCAAGUGUUGUGUUGUUUAUGUUUUCUCUGUAAUGUGCGAGUGAUUCACAAACGCUUCGGUUAGACUGAAUUGGUUUGAAAGAGUCGACUCAUCUCACUCGAUUCGGACACAUGCGGAAGAUGCUUCAUUGAUGGCGCGUUCUUUCAUUCACUUUCUUGAAGUCGUUUAAGUAAUAAAUGUGAAAUCUUCGUUCAGUUUGCCUCAUUUCAGCUCAUCUGAGGAUCACAGACACAUGAUGGAGUGUGAAAUCGAGCGGGCGAAGAGCUUCUGGGAGGACGUGAAAGUGGAUAAAGUGUUUGAUGAUGUGCUGAAGGUGCUUAAUCACUUAAGAAACGUCAUCAGACGCAACAUGGCUACUGACAGAGAGUACGUUCAGGCCAUGAAGAUCGUUCUGGAGUCUGAACUCGAUGUCCUGAACAACGAAGGCAUUCAGGCGGUGCUGAUUGAUGAAGACAUACUGACAGUGACCGUAUCAGAGUCUCAGUGUUCUCCGGAGAGCCUGAGGAACGGUGUGGACACGGAGGACUUUCUGCAGAGAGACGUCUCACGACUGUGCAGGGACGUGGAGUCGAGCUCCGAUCACAGCCAGACGUCUUUAGCGGGUCGAGCCGAGGCCGUGGGCGUCCCGGAGCUGCUGCUGUCUCCUCUGAGCUUCUGUUCCGAAGAGCCCAAGUCUCCGGUGCAGCUCGUCUACCGUCCUCACGACUGCAGCGCCGCCUGCGUCCCGACGCUGCCCGCUCACGCCGACCGCUUUCUGGGUCACAACCCUCUGCGCGUGCCCAUGCUGUGCCAGUUCCAGCGGCAGUGCACGUGCGCGCGAGACGACGAGUGCGACGCGCUGGACGCCGACGUGCUGUACAAGGCGCCGUGUGGGCGGAGCCUGUGCUCCAUGGAGGAGGUGCUUCACUUCCUGCUGCGGUCGGACAGUCUGGGCGUGUUGCAGCCGGACAACUUCAGCUUCAACCCGCAGGUCGUUCCAGAAAACCAGGCGCGAGCUCCGGCCGCCGCGGCGCCGCUGUUCGAGCGAGACCUCAGCCGAGGCAUCGAGCCCGUUCCCGUCUCUCUGUUCAACGAGCUGGACGCGACGCGGCCCAAAGAGUUCCGCUACCGUAAAGAGCGCUGGCCGCACGGCUGCUUCCUCAGCGCCGCGCCGUUUUUCUCAGUGUGCUGCGACUGCACGGACGGCUGCGCAGACGCGCGGAGCUGCGCGUGCGUUCGGUGGACGCUCGGAGACGCAGGAGAGCAUCGUGGGUACAGACAGCAGCGGCUGAGCGCGCCCGUGAGCGCAGGGUUGUUCGAGUGCGGCCCGUGGUGCGGCUGCGAGAGGAGCCGCUGUCAGAACCGUGUGGUGCAGAAGGGUCUGCGCGUGCGGCUGCAGGUGUUUCGUACGCAGGAGCGCGGCUGGGCCGUGCGCUGCAGAGACGACCUCGACCGGGGAACCUUCAUCUGCAUUUACGCAGGCGUGGUUCUCCGACUGCAGCAGAGCGUGGAGGAGCCGCCGGAGCCCCGCGGCCGAGAGCCGCCCGUGUCCGAUGACGAGGUGGAGGUGGUGGAGGAGUGGACGCUUCCCGCCGGACCGAACGAGCCGCUGGAGCCGCUGGAGCCGCUGGAGCUGCUGGACUGCUCUCCGCCGCUGUACGUGCCUGUGAUCCAGAGACCCGCCGACCAGACUCCACACGCUCAGCUCAAGGAUCAGCAGCAGAGCGGCGCCUCGUCUCUGGACUGCAGCGAGAACGGGAACGAGGAGAUCGUGAGUAAGAAACCCAGACUAACCGAUUCAAACGGACACGACGCUCAGAUCACGAAACAUUCGCCGCACAAACACAAACUAGAGCAGAUGUAUUACCUGGACGCCUCGAAAGAAGGAAACGUGGCCCGAUUCAUCAACCACAGCUUUGAGCCAAACCUCUUCAUCCAGAACGUGUUCACCGACACACACGACCCGCAGUUCCCGCUCAUCGCCUUCUUCACUAACAGGUCUGUUAAAGCAGGAACUGAACUGACCUGGAACUGCUCGUCCGCAGCAGGAAGUGAGCGUGAUCGUGAUCGUGUGACGGUCUGAUGCUCAGUGUUCUGAUGGAGGACGUUCAGACCAGCGGUUCUUCAUCGUCCAGCGCCGCGUUCGGACGGUUCCUCUGCUUCAUACUGUGUUGAUUGGGUUUGGAUUCAAACCUUUAAUCUGCAAAAACUCAGAGAUUAAUACAAGAUCAUUCAAAUGAGCUAAAUGUUUAUGGUCAUUUUUAUUCUUAAUUUCUGCCUGAUAAAUAAAAUAGUUCAAGUUUUGCAUAGCUGGAGAAAUAUGUGCUCUUUGUAGAAACGGCCAUGACGUUUUAAGAUUUGUAUUUUGUACGACUGGUCCAGAAAUCACUUCAAGAAGGAUGUGUUGCUCCAUGUUUUCUAAGACUGAGAAUCCUGGUUCUUCAAAGAAAAAAUAAAUAGGAUUUGAAGUUGUUUAA